UCAACCUGCAAAUAUUCAUUCACAACUCAUCAAAACUUCAUUGAGUAUUACUAUCAUGGCUUCAACUCAGAAAUUUUCAAUUUCUAUCCUUUCGGUUUCGGUCAUUUUCUUUGUUCUCGCAAUUGCUGAAGUGAACUCCCAAAAAACAGUUUCCUUCGACUUCCCAAAAUUCACCUCUGAUCAAUCUGGUAUAACCAUCCAAGGUAAUGCCGAGAUUUUUCCCAAUGGAAUUUUGGCACUCACCAACCCGGCUGACCCUAAAUGGACAACGGGGCGGGUACUGUAUGCAACACCUGUACCCAUUUGGGAUAGUACUAGUGGACAUGUUGCUAGCUUUGUCGCUUCCUUCUCCUUCAGCGUUGAGGACUUUAGAGGUUAUAAGCCAGCCGAUGGAAUUAUCUUCUUUCUUGCACCAUCAGACACUGUCAUUCCUAGCAACUCUGCUGGGGGACAACUCGGAGUAGUCGAUGCGAACAAUGCUUUCAAUCGAUUUGUUGGUGUAGAGUUUGACAAUUUUGUCAAUCAAUGGGAUCCAAAUUAUGCACAUAUCGGAAUUGAUGUCAACUCUUUAAUUUCCACAAAGACAACGACAUGGAAUAGGGUAAGUGGCUCCUUAGUCAAAGUAAAUAUAAUCUAUGACUCUCUCUCUAACACGUUGAGUGUUGCUGCCACUAAUGACAAUGGUCAAAUUUCUACAAUUGCUCAAGUCGUUGAUUUGAAAGCCAUGCUCCCAGAGAAUGUUAAAGUUGGUAUAUCUGCUACCACAGCUGACGGUCGUCAAAUGCAACACAUCCAUUCAUGGUCUUUCACUUCAACCUUGGCAUGAUUUGGUGUGGUAGAUAUGCAUGCAUGGACGAUAUGAUAAUAAAUAGUAUGGCUAAUCAAAGACCAUGCUUGAACCAUGUAUAUGUUUGGGUUUACCUCUAAAUAAAUACCAUGCUUUGUGUUAAUGUCACCUAAAUAUGUUAAAUUAUUAAA